UUGGUGAUUGAAGGCUUCAGCGCAAAUCUUGAGCAACAUCGUCACUGUUAUGUGAAUAUGAACAAUAAUAGGAUAAUAGCUCAUACAUUCAUACUAUCAUCCGUUACAUCUCCAUGUAGGAAAUAUCUACUUUUUGGAACUAAUAUACAGAAAAUACUAAUUUAUUCGUUAUGUUCACUGUCCUGUGAUGCACAAAUUGAGGGGAAGCCAGAAUGCAUUAUCAACGUGAAAUACGCAGGAAAUAUUUACGCUUUAUGUUUCGGGAAGGAUUAUGUUUUUUGUGGGUCAAUUGGUCUGAUUGUUGUAUACAAAUGGACUACACCUACCGACGGCUUUCUGAAAUAUCAUGACACAGUCCAUCUGACGUCCGUAAAUCUUUACGCAACCGUUUCUGAAGUUACCGGGUUGUGUUAUCAUACAGAAAGUGACACUCUAUUGGCCGCAUUAGGUGAUGGAACUAUCCAUACGUUUUUAAUUGGUUGUGAUGUCAAAGAAAAGCUCAAAUUUACUGGACAUAAGUCCACGAUCUAUAAAAUUUGCAGGGUUGGAGCACACGAGUUUUCUACUAGUUCUGAGGAUGGUACUGUCUGCUUUUGGGAUAACAGAGUUAUACAGAAUGGGAGCUUUAAAGCUUCAUCUGUGUUCAAACCGUAUCUAAAUAGUGAAUUAUCUCGAUCCAAGCUUGGAUCUUGGUUAACUACUUUGUCCUGUAAACAGUUCGAAGAGGAUUGGUUUGUUACAGGAGGGGGGCCUCGACUUUCUUUAUGGAGUAGGCGUGCCGGGAGGAAUGUUUCUAUAUUACACCCUGAAGGUUUAUCAGACACUUGGUAUUCACAAACAGCCAUUUUUUGUGAUAUGGAUAAUGAUUCACGCAUUGUAUCCGGUGGUAAUUCAAGUUUAUUAUAUAUGUGGGAUCAUGUUGGCAAUUUGUUGGCUUCAGUGGAUUUACAUGAUCCACCUAACUCACGUUUAAGUCAUAUACUUGUUGUUGAUAAAUUUAAUCUAUCUGAAUCGGUAGAUUCUUUAAAAUUAAAAUAUCAUUCGAAUUGUGCAUUUUUUGUUGGAGGUUGCAGUCCAGUAAUACGAUUAAUUGCUAAUCUUGGUUAUCCUUUAGGCAUUGUACAUUUGAUGAUUGAAUUACCUUUCAGAAUACAUUUAUUAAAACAGAAGAUUAUAAAGAAACGACGAGCAGAAUUCGUUUCUCGUACUCAAAAACAAAAACACAAUACAAUCAAUCGAACGGAAAUAAUUCAAUUGACAUCCGAUAAAUCAAAAUUGAUUCCUAAUGUUUUCACAAUGUCAAGUGAUAAUUCUUGUGAACAACCAUUUUCGAAAUUGAACAAAGAUGUAUCAGUUGAAAAAAUGUCUUCAGUGAAAUCUCAUUCGAUUAGACCGAAUAAAAAAUCUAAAUCAUUCACUGUCAAUAACAAAUCAGAAAAUGAUCAAUCAAAUUCACAGUAUAAUUUGCAAAACUCAACUUCAAAUUUAUAUUUAACAAAUAACAUGAAAGAAGUAUGGUUUGAUAAUGUACCACAUGCUUUAAUUGCUAAUUCAAUGCAAGAUCAAUCGGCUACAACAAAAUCUUUAGUGAAACUAACAUCAUUUUCAGGUCCGACACGUCGUAUUGCAAUGGAUUGUGAAUUUGUUGGAGUAGGUUUUGAAGGUAAAGAUGAUGCAUUAGCACGUGUUUCAAUUGUAAAUCAAUUUGGUCAUACCCUAUUGGAUGCUUAUGUACGUCCAGAAGAACGUGUUGUUGAUUAUCGAACAAAAUUCUCUGGUAUAAGACCUCGUGAUUUGCGAAAAAAUGGACCAGCUCGAGCGUUCAAUGAUGUACACAAAGAAGUUGCAGAAUUGAUAAAGAAUAAAAUACUAGUUGGACAUUCUAUCCUGAAGGAUCUUAAAGUUUUAAGAUUGUCUCACCCUCGUCGUUUUAUUCGUGAUACAUCACGUUAUCGUCCAUUUCGGGAUUUAUUCAAUGGUCGUAUACCAUCACUCAAAGCAUUGACACAAAAAGUUCUCGGUGUUAAUGUACAAAGUGGUGAACACGAUUCAGUUGAAGAUGCUAGAGCUACUAUGCGUCUAUACACAUCUGUGAAACGUGUCUGGGAAUCAAGGAAAAAGCAUCGGACUUCAAAAACCGAACAAGUCAAGAAGAAUAUAAAUCUAGAAGAACAAGGCGUACUGAAUGUAAAAGAUGAAUAUGAGUCUGGAUUACAUGAACAAGUGAAAUGUCAUAAGUCUCAACAACAACACCAACAACAAUCUACAACUUCCACUAAAGAUUCUAUUCAUAAAUUCAAACAAUGGGAUCCAAUACGUAAUCGUAAAUGUUCAAAAAAUCGAAUGAAAUUUCUCAAUCGACAUCGUAAACAUAAAAGAAACACAAACACACACACACACACACAGAGUAAUAAACCAACUUGA